AUCGCGAUCCGAAUCAGGGGGUUCUAUGCAAAAGUGUUCCGAUAAGGUGCCAUGUUCCACGGCCGUAUCGAUCCCCUUCCGGUCGCCGGCGGCGGGAGGAGUCGCGCGGGUGGAGGCUUGUGGAGACGCUUGUGGGCGAGAUACGCGAGGGCACCGGCGGGGCGGCACACCCGCCGCUGACUGCGGGCUUGCGGCGAUGCCGCCGCUCUCAAUCGCCGCAACAGAAGACUCCGGCGACGAUCUGGAACACGUGGUGAUCGAGGACGCUUCGCUGCGAGCGAGCACCCAAUGCAGAGGUCCACGGCUGGGAGACACGGCACGCCUCUCAAUUGAUCCACCGGAUCGGAAUGCUUGGGAACCUGGAGCUGGAGAUGCUAGUCUCGACGGCCCUUCACCCGUGCAGGCGAGAUUGCUACCCAUAAUGCAGACAUGACAGCCUCGUAAUCAAGAUCGAUGAGCGAUGAGAUUCUUGGGAGGUGGCUUCGGUUGCAGCGCAUGAGCACUUGAGUACACAUGAGAAUUAUUCUUGUUGUCUGCUGGUUCAGCUGGGCAAUUGCCUCCACCUCUUUUUCGCUAUAUAAACAAGGAAGCCGAAGCCCGGAAGACACCAUUGCAGCAGCUUGCCUUCGAUCUGUUUUCUCUCAUACUCCCAGUAGCUUCAGAGCAUCAAUUCCAAGGAUGGCCUGCCACCUGAGAUCUGUGAGUGUGCCUUCGAGCCCUCGCUCCAAUGAAACCAGUGUUGAGGAACAGCUACAGAGCUUGAAGGCAACCGUCUCUUCGCCUUCAGCGACCAUCGAAACCAUGGUUGGUGGUCUGAGCAAGCUCGGGAGCAUCUAUGACCGCAUCGAUGAGCUGCUCACAUGCUUACCCAGCAGCCAGAGGAAGGCAGUGGAGGAGGAGCUCGAGCGCUCCCUCGUCCUGCUUGACCUCUGCAGCGCCGUGCAAGAGAGCUUUGUGGAGCUCAAGACCAGCGUCCAAGAGAUGCAGUUGGCUCUCAAAAGAGGAGAUGAUGCUGCUCUUCAGACCAGGGUUCAGUGUUACUCACGCUCAGCCAAGAAGGCACAGAAGCUGUUCAAGAAGAUCAACAAGAAGACUGCUUCUGACAUGGAAGGCUGCAGGGUGAUCAAGCUGAUUGCUGAAGCGAGAGAGACUGCCGUGUCAAUCCUUGAAUCGACAUUGAAUCUCCUCUCGAAGCAAAUCGCGAUGCCGAGUUCCAGCAAGUGGUCACUCGUCUCCAAGUCGUUCCAAAAGAAGAGAGUUGUGUGCGAGGAGGAGCAAUUGCAAGGGUUGGAGCUGGACAUUGUUGAUCUUGAGAGUGGAGUUGGGGCUUUGUUCAGGACAUUGAUCCAGAGCAGAGUUUCUCUUCUCAAUACUCUUAGCUUGUAGACAGAUCAUACAACAAUUCUGACCCCUUGCGAUUAGCAUCCGCCUUUUAGAGGAUCUGCUGAUCUAGAAGCAAAUUUUUGAUGUACAUAUAUAUGAAAGGAAGUGUACAGAAAAUUAGAUAAUGAAGAAGCAAAGUUUUUGAUCCA